UGACAUUGUGCCGUUCAGAGCGCUUGGCGUCCAUUUAAGUGCGCGCUCUCAGUUUUAAAUUUUUACAGGCCGAGCUUAGAGAGCUUUUUCAAAUGAGCACAGGUGAAGAGAGCAAAAGCGCCGGCUGUCGUUGUACUCGCAAAUUAACACUCGCCAUGAGCGGUUGUGUUAUGAUAUUGGUGAUCGCAUUGACUGUAGGCCUUUGCGUCGGCCUCAGCGGCAGCGAUGCUAGCAGAGAGGAUGCACCUGCAUUUAGCAUAGAUCAUGUAGCAAACACGUUUCUAUUGAAUGGCAAACCAUUUCGCUACGUGUCCGGAUCGUUUCAUUAUUUUCGGGCGCUGCCCGACGCCUGGCGCAGUCGACUGCGCACUAUGCGAGCAGCUGGUCUCAAUGCCCUGGAUACCUACGUCGAAUGGUCACUGCACAAUCCGCACGAUGGCGUCUACGACUGGGAAGGCAUAGCAGAUGUGGUGAAAUUUCUAGAGAUUGCGCAAGAAGAAGACUUCUAUAUCAUUCUACGUCCUGGUCCCUAUAUUUGCGCCGAACGUGACAAUGGCGGCUUACCACAUUGGCUCUUUACCAAAUAUCCCAACAUUAAAAUGCGCACCAACGAUCCCAACUAUAUAGCCGAGGUGGGCAAGUGGUAUGCACAGUUGAUGCCACGUCUAAAGCAUUUGCUGAUUGGCAAUGGUGGCAAGAUCAUAAUGGUGCAAGUGGAGAAUGAAUAUGGCGCCUAUCAUGCCUGUGAUCAUGAUUAUUUAAAUUGGCUGCGAGAUGAGACGGCCAAAUAUGUGCAGGAUAAGGCUUUGCUCUUUACAGUGGAUAUACCAGAUGAACGCAUGAGCUGUGGCAAGAUUGAGAAUGUGUUCGCCACCACAGACUUUGGCAUUGAUCGAGUACAUGAAAUUGAAAGCAUCUGGAAAAUGCUGCGUCAGCUGCAGCCUACAGGACCCUUGGUUAAUUCCGAGUUCUAUCCAGGCUGGCUAACACAUUGGCAGGAGAUGAAUCAGCGACGCGAUGGCAAAGUCGUAGCUGAUGCGCUUAAAACCAUUUUAAGCUACAAUGCCAGCGUUAAUCUGUACAUGUUCUUUGGCGGCACAAACUUUGGCUUCACCGCCGGCGCCAACUUUGAUCUGGAUGGCAGCAUAGGCUAUACAGCAGAUAUUACCAGCUACGACUAUGAUGCAGUUAUGGAUGAGGCUGGUGGCGUUACACAGAAGUACGAGCUGGUUAGACAGGUUAUAGACGAGGUGCUGGAGCUGCCCAAAAUAGAGCUCAACCCCGCCAAGCGCUUGGCCUAUGGCAAAGUUGAGCUAACGCCUGUUUUGGAGUUGUUAUCGCCAGAUGGACGCAAAGCGCUGGCCAAGGGUACGCCUGUGGUCGCCGAUAAGCCCAAAUCCUUUGAAGAGCUUGAUCAGUAUUCCGGUCUGCUGCUUUAUGAGACAACGCUGCCCAACAUGGACUUGGAUCCGGCGCUGCUGCAAGUGGAGCAGCUGCGAGAUCGCGCACAUGUAUUCAUAGAUCAACAGCUGGUGGGCACGCUGUCCAGAGAGGCGCGCAUCUAUGCCCUGCCCUUGAGCAAGGGCUGGGGCAAUACCUUGCAGCUGCUCGUGGAGAAUCAGGGGCGCAUUAAUUACGAUGUCAGCAAUGAUACCAAAGGCAUCUUUGGCAAAAUAACGCUGCAGCUGCAUAAUGGCGGCGCCUUGCCGCUGGAAGAAUGGACUACAACUAGCUUUCCACUGGAGCCGAAGGCUAUAGAGCAGUGGCGAGCCAACGGAGUCAGCAAAGUGGAUCCUAUUGUAGCGCUGCAACGUUUGCUACGCACUGGACCAAUACUCUAUGCUGGCAACUUUAAGGUGGAGGAGAUUGGCGAUACCUAUAUGAACAUGGCUGGCUGGGGCAAGGGUGUGGCCUAUGUCAACGGUUUCAACUUGGGGCGCUAUUGGCCGCUGGCGGGUCCACAGAUUACGCUCUAUGUGCCCAACGAACUACUCAAGCUGGGCGAGAACUCUGUGGUGCUGCUGGAGUAUCAACGCGCUAAUAAAACGCGCUCAGGCACUGAGUUGCCCGCUGUGCAAUUUGAUGCAGUAGCUCAGCUGGACGGACAGUCCAGUGAAGUGCCACAACAGCCAAAAAAUUAAUUUAUGCUUUUAAACUUUACUUUUGUUUAUUAGAAGCAGCUUAAACAACCUUGACAAGCUUUUGUUUAUACACUACAUGUUUGCUUUUAUAAUUAUUACAAUAAACUUUGCUUAACUUA